AACUCGGAACUAACAAAUAACUAAAAACUAAAAAAAAAACAAAAAACAAAAAACAAAGUAGGGUUAUGGCUAACUGGAUUGGUAAACCAGCUGCUACCUUCCUGUCAAUCAUCUGGAUUGGUAUACUGGUUUCACCAAUCUUGUCUGUUGUUGUAACCAAUAAUAACAACAUUCAUUUGGAUGCUUUUAUCCAAUGCCUUGAGAAUGAAUCUCAUGUUUCUGAUGGUUAUCCAUUUUCUGAAUUCAUAUUGACCCCAAAUAAUUCAUCCUUUGAUCAAGUACUCCAUAACCGAACCAACAAUCUUCGAUACGAGCAGCCCACAACUCGCAAGCCGUUGCUGAUUGUAGCCCCUAAGAGCGAGCUGAAUGUGCCUGCAGUGGUUACCUGCGCUAGAAACAAUGGUCUUAAGAUGAAGAUUAGGAGCGGGGGUCAUGAUUUUGAAGGAAUAUCCUUUACAGCCUCCUUUCCUUUUAUCUUACUUGACAUGUUCAACCUCAAUAAAGUUGAUAUUGAUAUUGAUACAGAGACUGCUUGGGUUCAAUCAGGGGCAACUUUAGGGCAAAUUUAUUAUAGGAUUGCUGAGAAGAGCCCUAUUCAUGCCUUCCCUGCGGGAGUGUGUCCUAGUGUCGGUGCUGGGGGACACUUUAGUGGGGGAGGGUAUGGGGUUUUGAUUAGAAAGUAUGGUUUGUCUGUUGAUAACAUUGUUGAUGCUCGUGUUGUGGAUGUCAAUGGUAGAAUUCUUGAUAGGGAAUCCAUGGGUGAAGACUUUUUCUGGGCCAUUCUUGGUGGUGGUGGCUCUAGUUUUGGUGUCAUCUUGUCUUGGAAGCUCAACCUUGUUCGUGUCCCCAAAAAGGUUACUGUCUUUAAUGUUAACAAGGAUGUCAACAAACCAGGAGUGAAUCACAUGUUGUACAAAUGGCAAAACAUAGCUCACAAGCUCCCUAAUGAUCUGCUAAUAAGGGUAGAAUCAAGCAUCUAUCGAACUCCUGAAAAUCCUUAUGAGAACCCAACAAUAUACGCGUCUUUCAUCUCAAUGUUUCUUGGAGAUAGAGAGAAUCUUGUUAAAAUCAUGAACAAGAGCUUCCCUGAGCUAGGACUAACAAGAAAGGAUUGUAAGGAGAUGUCUUGGAUUGAUUCUACCAUGUUCUGGCACCGCAUUCCUGAUGGCACCCCUCGUGAAAUCCUGCUCAAUUAUGACAUUAAACAUUCAGCAUACCGUAAGAUAAAGGGGGAUUUUGUCAAGAAGCCAAUACCCGAGGCCGCGCUACCUCAGAUAUGGGAAAAGAUGUUGCAAACGGGUCAAGUCUAUAUGGAAUGGACUCCUUAUGGAGGAAGGAUGGAUGAAAUAGAUGAAUCUGCCGUCCCAUAUCCUCAUCGAAAGGGGAACUUGUUCAUGAUUUUCUAUGACUUGUUAUGGAUUGAGGAUGGGGUGGAUGAGUUUUACUUGAACAAGGCUAGAGAGUUACAUCAAUUUAUGGGACAAUUUGUGUCCGAUUCUCCAAGGGAAAGUGUCCUUAAUUAUGUAGAUUUGGAUAUUGGAUCUUCAUGGGAGAAAUACUUCAAAGCCAAUUUUCCCAAGUUGGUCAUGGUUAAGACUAGGGUUGAUCCUACCGAUUUUUUCUCUCAUGAGCAAAGUAUUCCAACAUUGUAUAAACUCUUGGAGAAUAAGGACUUCAAAAGAGGUUACAGCAAUCUUUUACGUUUGCCUAUGUCAUAACUUUUUCAAUUACUCUAGCUUCAAGGCUAGUUGUUAUUAUUAUUAUUAUUAUUUGAUACUCGGAUUUUUAUUGAAUAAAACUUAUUGAUACUAAA